AUGGAGGCGACCACGGCGCCCAGCAGGGACGCGCGGGGAAGUGUCGUGUGUCCGCCCAACGGCUGCCGGAAGGAGAGCCGGCCGGAGAGGAAAGUUUACAUGGACUAUAACGCAACCACGCCCCUGGAGCCAGAAGUUAUCCGUAUGGCAUUGGAAUUUGUGUUGAGGAGUUAUGAAGUUCUGUUUUUGCUUAUUUUUGUUGUUUUGCAGUGUGAUCUUAAGCAAAUUAUUCCACCCUUUCACUCUCCUGUCUUGAUGACUGGGAAGCAAGGCAGAUGGCCACAGCUUCCCUCUCCUCUAGCACCCGGUAGAAAGGCCAAGGAUAUUAUAAACGCCGCUCGGGAAAGCCUGGCGAAGAUGGUAGGUGGGGCACCCCAAGACAUAAUCUUCACUUCUGGGGGCACUGAGAGAAAUGAGAUCGUAUGGCUCACCUUGGUACUUGUGCUUUGUUUCUCAGAGGUCACCUUUGUCCCAGUGUCCAAGGUGAGCGGGCGGGCAGAGGCCGAUGACAUCCUUUCAGCUGUCCGCCCAACCACGUGCCUCGUGACCAUCAUGCUGGCCAAUAACGAGACCGGCGUCAUCAUGCCCGUCCCUGAAAUCAGCCAGCGCAUCAAAGCCCUGAACCAGAAACGGGCCGCCGCGGGGCUGCCACCCAUCCUCGUGCACACAGACGCUGCCCAGGCGCUGGGGAAAAGGCGCGUGGACGUGGAGGACCUGGGCGUGGACUUCCUUACAAUCGUGGGGCACAAGUUCUAUGGUCCCAGGAUUGGUGCGCUUUAUGUACGAGGGCUUGGCGAGCUCACGCCUCUGUACCCUAUGCUGCUUGGAGGUGGACAGGAACGGAAUUUCAGGCCUGGGACAGAGAACACCCCAAUGAUUGCCGGCCUUGGGAAGGCCGCUGAGCUGGUGACCCGGCACUGUGAGGCUUACGAGGCCCACAUGAGGGACGUCCGGGACUACCUGGAGGAGAGGCUGGAGGCUGUAUUUGGUAAGAGAAUCCAUUUGAACAGCCAGUUUCCAGGGGCCGAGCGGCUUCCUAACACCUGCAACUUCUCCAUCCGCGGACCCCAGCUUCAAGGCCGCCUGGUGCUUGCACAGUGCCGGACGCUGCUGGCCAGUGUGGGGGCCGCUUGCCACUCAGACCACGGGGACCAGCCGUCCCCGGUGCUGCUGAGCUGUGGCAUCCCAUUCGACGUGGCCAGGAACGCGCUCCGGCUCAGCGUCGGCCGCAGCACCAGCCGGGCUGAGGUGGACCUUGUCAUGCAGGACCUGAAGCUGGCGGUGGCCCAGCUGGAAGGCCAGGCCCAGUGUGAGGGCCACCCUUGUUCAUAGGAAGCCCGUCGCCAGGGCACCCGGGCGCUUUGCCCUCCAUCCCUUCUUGGGCUGUGCCAGGGUGACUGUUUUGUUUCUCCAAAGUGCUGGGUGCGGUGUGCGUGCUGUGGGCUUCCUCCCUGGACGCGCGUCUCCACAGGCCCAGGACACCAACCAACGCCUACAUAGGACCCUCCCCCGCGCUGCUGCCAUCCCAUAGGGACGUUGAAAUGGAAACGCUUCAGCCACGUCCACGCCACCCCCUGGGAAUUGGACAAGCCUGUCAUGAGCUUCCCUUCCUGGAUGGUGGUGUUUUUAUCUGGAAGAUAAAAUGCAAGUAUUUAUAAUUCACUUUCAGCCAAUCGCUAUCAUGAAAAUAGGAAAUUUUUAGGUCGGGCGCGGUGGCUCAAGCCUAUAA